AUGUUGUACAAAUUGGACUUUGCUUUCGAAUAUGAUCUACAACUGAUUGAUUUUCCGGUUUUCUUUCAGAGAAAAGAAACAUUUCAACCAGGUGUGACAACAAUGACACCUCGAAUACUUUCUCAUCUUCUCAAACAGUAUCGAUGGAUACCGUUUCGAACUUAUGCUGUCAAACGAGAAUCUAAACAUUAUCCUCUGGAAAAAAUUCGAAAUAUCGGAAUUUCUGCACAUAUCGACUCAGGAAAAACAACUUUAUCGGAACGUAUUCUUUUCUAUUCUGGACGUAUCCAAGCAAUGCAUGAAGUUAAAGGUAAAGAUUCUGUUGGUGCAACUAUGGAUUCAAUGGAACUCGAACGUGAACGUGGUAUUACCAUUCAAUCGGCCGCGACCUACGUUGAGUGGAAAGGUCAUAAUAUAAAUAUUAUCGACACGCCAGGCCAUGUUGAUUUCACUGUUGAAGUAGAACGUUCGUUGCGUGUACUUGACGGUGCUGUGCUUGUUGUUUGCGGUGUGGGUGGUGUUCAGUCACAAACUAUGACAGUUAAUAGGCAAUUGAAUCGAUAUCGAGUACCAUUUCUUACUUUUAUCAAUAAACUCGAUCGUAUGAAUGCUAAUCCUACUCGAGCUAUGGGACAGUUGAAAGCUAAACUUGGUCACAAUGCUGCUUUUGUACAAAUCCCGAUAGGCUUAGAAGGAAACUUCAAAGGUAUUAUCGAUCUCAUCGAACGAAAAGCAAUGUACUUUAAUGGUCCACAUGGCGAAGAAAUCUCGAUAGAAGAGAUUCCUGAAGAGUAUAAAAAAGAAGCUGAAGAUAGACGACGUGAUCUAAUCGAAACGGUCUCCGGUGUCGAUGAUGAACUUGGUGAAAUGUUUCUCAACGAAGAACAACCGACUGAACAACAAAUCCAUGAUGCCAUUCGUCGUUGUGUCAUAAAUCGUAAAUUUCAACCGAUUUUCGUUGGCUCAGCUUUGAAAAACAAAGGCGUGCAACCACUACUUGACAAUGUUUAUCGUUAUUUACCAAAUCCAGCUGAAGUCGAAAACAUAGCCUUAGACGAACUAGGAAAAGAAAAGAAGACGAUCAAACUCGAUCCCACGCGCUCGUUUGCUGCACCAUUUGUUGGUUUUGCUUUUAAAAUCGAAGCCGGUGGUCGAAAUACUAGUGCAACACAAUUAACAUACGUACGUGUGUAUCAAGGUGGUGUUAAACGUGGUGAUACACUUUACAAUAUGCGUACAAUGAAACGAACGCGAGUAUCAAAACUCGUUCGUAUGCAUUCGAACAAAGCUGAAGAAGUCGAAGAAGCUUAUGCAGGUGACAUUUGCGCAUUUUAUGGUCUUGAUUGUGGUACUGGUGACACUUUUGUCAAUGAUAAAGCUUAUCGGAUCAGUAUGGAAUCAAUUUUUGUGCCUGAUCCAGUUAUUUCUAUGUCCAUCAAGUGUUUAUCAACAAACGAUGUCGAAAAAUUUGCCUCGGCUUUAGCUCGAUUCACACGAGAGGAUCCGACAUUCCGUAUUGUUUAUGAUGAAGAUAACAAAGAAUCAAUCGCUAUGGGCAUGGGAGAAUUACAAUUAGAUAUUUACGCACAACGUAUUCAACGUGAAUAUGGCGUCAAAAUUCAAAUGGGUAAACCAAAAGUUUCUUUCCGAGAAUGUCUCGCUGCUCCUAUCAAAUUUGACUAUCUUCACAAGAAACAAUCCGGCGGUGCAGGUCAAUAUGGUCGCGUUAUUGGCAUUCUCGAACCAUUAUCACCCGAUAAAUUCGCCACAGUUGAAUUUUCUGACGAAACAUCCGGAACAAAUGUACCGUCGCAGUUUAUCCCUGCAAUUAAAAAGGGAUUGGCUCGUGCUUAUGAAAAAGGUUCUCUAAGUGGAAACAAAAUUAGUGGUGUCAAAUUUCGUCUAUUAGAUGGGGAUAAUCAUAUUGUUGAUUCGAAUGAACUUGCAUUUAUGUUAGCUGCCGAAGGAGCCAUAAGACAAACGCAAGAUCACGGUCAAUGGCAGUUGAUUGAACCGGUUAUGCUAGUGGAAAUCAACGCUCCGCUGGAAUUUCAAAGCGCUGUCACCUCCUUAGUUGUCAAACGUUUUGGUAUCAUAUCCGGAAUUGAACCACGUGAAGAUUGGUUUACAAUGCUAGCUGAAAUUCCAUUGAAUGACAUGUUUGGAUUUUCGACGGAUAUUCGUUCACAUACACAAGGUAAAGGAGAAUUUUCGAUGGAAUAUACUCGAUACUGUCCAGUCCGAUCCGAUAUAUCGAGUAAAAUCAUUCAACAGUACCACGAAAGUCUCGAAAACCCUCAACAACAACAACAACAUCAGCAACGACGAAGAAAUUAA